CAUAUUGCACGUGGAUUAGUUUGUUUUCUUUUUUAUUUUCUUGAAGCGAAAGGAAUUUAAUAUUUUUAUUGAGUUUUAAAUUUGUAUUAAAUCUCCGCGUAUUUUAAUAACACAUUAUUUAUUAAUAAUGUCUGACCAAGAAAAUAAAACUAAGGAAACAGAUACUCCGCCUAAAGUAAAACCUACAAAUUCUGCUAAUAAAAAGAAAAAGGCCAACAAAAAUCCAGAAGUUCCUCGAGGACUUCCCAAAUCCGGAAGGCCAUGGAAGACACCUAAACAGAAGUUUUCAUCGAUAAAGAAAACAAUUCACAGACAUUCAUUCGAAAAGAAAAUGGAACUGCGAAAUGAGAUCCGUCACAUCAAAGAGCUCUCAAAAUCAAUUAAAGACGCAAAGAAAGAAGACAAUGAAAUGAAGAAGAAACGACGCAUUCAGAAUGCAGAGCGCCGACUUGAAAAUGAGCGUCGUUCAGAAAUUGUACAAGUCAUCAAAAAUCCAGCGAAACUGAGACGCAUGAAGAAGAAACAAAUGCGAAUGAUUGAAAAGCGUGAUCUGGACAAAGUAAAGGCUGUUUAAGUUAAUUUUAAAUAAUGGAGUAUUUGUAAAUUAAUUAAGUAAUAAAAUUCUUAACUCAA